AUGUCGGUUCUUGUUAAUGGGUCUCCAGCGGGAUUCUUUCCUACUUAUAGAGGUUUACGACAAGGAGAUCCUUUACCUCAUUUACUGUUCAUUUUGGUGAUGGAGACGUUGGGGCAUUUGUUAUCUAGAGCGGUACAAGGUGGUUUGUUGUAUGGGUUUGAGGUAGGGGUGGCUCCAGUAGUUUUGACGGUUUCAUAUUUGUUUUAUGCGGAUGAUGCGCUUAUUUUUUGCGAUGCAGAUAUUACUCAAAUUGGACAUUUGAGAUGUGUGUUGUUGUGUUUUGAGGCAGUGUCGGGCCUUCAGGUGAAUCUGGCAAAGUCGGAGCUGAUUCCAGUGGGAGAGGUGGCACGAAUUUCGAUAUUGACAGCUAUUCUGGGGUGUAGGGUGGCAUCUUUCCCAGUUUCAUAUCUGGGUUUACCUCUAGGGGCAUCAUUCAAGGCGACGAGGGUGUGGGAUGGAGUGGUGGCCCGUGUUCAGCAACGACUGGCAGGCUGGAAAAGGCAGUAUUUAUCAAAAGGUGGCAGACUUACAUUGAUUAAGAGUGUCCUGUCCAACAUUCCGACUUACUUUAUGUCCGUUCAUGUGAUUUUGGUGUCUGUAGCAAAGCGAAUUGAGUGGUUACAGAGGGAUUUCUUCUGGGAAAAUGGAGGGAGAGGGAUCUUAUCAUUUAGUGGCUUAGGAUUGGAUUUGUAG